AUGCAAGUCGUCCCCAGAAGGUUGCGGGUAGAAACUUUUUACUGAGUACAAGCUGGCCUUGUGGUCCUCAUCUUUUCCAAACCUACACUACUCGCACUGUACUCAAGUACGGAGGAUUAAAUACCUACGGUACCUGACCUAGGCCUAGGUACUCCGUACUGGUACAGAGCACUCAUCGUUCUCCACACCAACAAAAUAUCCCACCCGCAUCUGCAUCCGCUUCCUCAAUGGGGUUUGUGGAACCGAGAAUUCCCCUACAUCGCCGGCUAAACUAACCCUGGAGCUACGGAGAGCGCAACUGGCCAAUCUCACUUUCACUCACGAUCACACGAGGGCGCCCAUUCAAACGCGCUGCACCUGCAGGCACUUAAGGCACGCAAAUUCCAUUGGAGAACUGAUUAUUGCUGGAGCUGGAGCUUCACUCCGUAUCGCGACGCAUCGCAUCGCACCGCAACUCAAGCCAGCGCAGCGCAAAAGAAAAGCGCAGAUGCCCUGGAUCGCCCAGGGGCGGAUCGACUGCAUUGGGAGGAUUGAAGUUCGGCCCACGUCCAACUACCCCUGACAAUCAAUUCAAAGCAAACUAUCCACGAGUACGGAGGUACGCACGACUGCGAGGAAUUGAGGAGAGAAAACACCACGCGGUUCGGUUGGGAUCGCUUCCACCAAGUCUGGACGUUCCAAAGACUCACGGACAAGGGCGAUGUCGUUGAAUGGGCUGGAUGAUGCAAAGCUCAAGGAGGCGUACGAUGCGUCGGUAGCGGAGCCUGGAGGAUGGUAAGACCACUCAAUUUAUUAUGGCCCCCGUAUUCGUAGCCGUCCGUGACGGAUCUCGAGCUUACUGGACAUAGGUUCCUCCUCAAAUACGCUGCCAGAGACGAAGUGGACCUGUUGGGCCGCGGAAAUGGAGGCAUUGUAGAGAUUCGAAAUGCCAUUGCUGCGUACGAAGAACCCUCGCCUUUGUUUGGUUUUCUACGGUACAGGCGGAGGAAUGUCUUGAUCAAAUACGUCCCUGAGGAUUGUUCAAGACUGGUACAAGGUCACUAUACCACCACUAAUUCAUCCUCUCAUUAUGGCAUAAACUAAUACAUCUACAGCCCGUGUUGCAGUGCACUUUAAUGCUGUCACAGAACGCUUCUCUCCUCACGACACCAUCUUCCCCAUUACCACCUCCAAGGAACUUCGAGAUACCACCCUUUCCCAAGCCUGCUCUCUCCAUACUGCUUCCGGGUCCACGAGCUCAUCAACAAGUUCCCUCCGGCGACGAAGAUUGAUGGAAAUUGCAGAAGACGAAGAGGAAGACAAUAGAAAAAGACAAUCAACAGUGUUGGAGGAACGCCCAGGAACAGAGAAACCCACUCCACCAAGCUCCGACGUGCAGACCGAUCCAGUUUUAAUACCUCUACCCACCAGCGAAUCGACCGACACCUUUGCACCUCCUCCACCAAGAGAGCCGCCAUCAUUUGAUACCUCUCCGCCUCCGCCCAGAGAACCUUUGAAUCUAGAAACGUCACCACCCCCUCCAAGAGAGCCCCUGAAAAUUGACGACUCGUACUCCCUGACUCAGUUGGAAAAUGCACGGCAAUCAUCACAGUCAACAAGACCAGAAUCCUACAAAUCUUCGUACUUUGGUGGCAGGCCGAAAGUUAAGUUGGGCCCUCGACCUUCACUUGACGCAAAUAAAGGAAGGCCGCAUACAUCUGGAUCUGGAGCGUCCCAUUACCGCCCAGUCUCCACUUUGCCACAGGGCGUAAAAAUAUUUUCAAAGGCGUUGCGAAGAGGCAUCAGUAGACCAAAGUCAACGCAUAAUACGGAAGAGCCUGCUGCGUCUGCUCUUGCUCUACCGCAGACGCCCCACACAACAUUGAUACGACCGCAUACUAGUGGAGGCCGUCCAUCACCCAGUCCCGGCUCUGCCCUGUCCCCUCCUGUUAUUUCUCCAAAAACUCCGAAAACUCCUACCAUCACGCCGGAAAAGGCACGAUUACUGAAGGCAUUGGAACUACGAAAAAAACAAAUGAACAUGCCUCCCCCUGUCCCCGAAUCGAGUGAGCCUUCUUCUACCAGCCCGGGUGAUUCAAAACAGACAAUUGAAGUCCCAACGGUAAAUACGCCAACAGAAAUCAAGGAAACCUCUCCUGUACUUAACGAUCUGGCUAAAGCAGACGAUUCUGCCAUUGCAUUCGAUUCGAAUGCCGCACCCAAAACCGAUGAAUCAGACGCUACGAAGUCGGACUCAUACCCUGUGUCUCCUGUUGGACCCUCCGAACCCGAAGAGUCUACGAGAGCCUCGUCAAUAUCCGAGUCUACAGCAGGUAACGUACAGGACAUGGCGGAGCCAAAACUUUCAAGCGAAGCAGUAGACUCUGGUACUAAUGGUAUAGCGAACGCGAAAGAAGAAGAAAAGAAAACCGCAAUGUCUGAAUCCGACGACCCGGCGGUCUUGUCGGCCUCCCAAGACAAGCCAGCAGUUAAUGGAUCACCAAACCAAGCAGUUGUCGAAACUGUCGCAAAAGAUCAUGUAUCGAAUCCUAUGACCGACGAUGGCGAAGCAACUACCCAGGCGGCAGUGAAGUCUCCUAUGCCUGAUGAAAUGAAAGACACCGAGAUAUCAGUUAUCACCAAGGUCAAGAAACAUGUUGCUUUUGGAGAACCUCUUGAUACUGAGGAAUUUGAACCAGUUGAUCAUGAAUCAUCGCCAAUCGAUAGGCCAGUAUCAGUCGAAAAUCCAACUAUUGAAGAGCCAGUCGCAAAAGAAGAUACCCCUGCGUCCCCUUUAGCUCAAUCAACUCCCGCUGAGGAAGCCCCGGUGGAAAUCGAACCCAGUAUUACAGAGUCAUGGGCAUCUCCACCAGAGGCUGAGGUAGAACAACCAACAAUUGAAGUGUCAGAGCCAAAGUCCCACGUGCAAGAUAGUAAUGUGGAGUCCAGCAGCUCGAGUGCGGAAGCUCAAGCUCUUCCAUCCUUGGAACCACAAAAGCCCUCAGUUGAUAACACCGAUAACAAACCACCGACAUCGCUCCAGGAAAAGCGCGGGACCCUUGUUGAGCCCAUCCGAACAGACAUAGAGUUGGCUGAUAAAAGUAAUUCAGACGCAAACCUGUCCUCUGAUGAGGAUUUCAUGGACGAGUUGCAGUCUGCGGUCGUUCAAGAAGCUAAGCCGAUCUCAGUUUCCAAGUCUCCAAUUUCUCCUAUGUUUCCCGCCUCUAGGCCAGCGGAUAGCUGGCGAAAUUCGCGAAAUCCAUCUUCUCGUGCGGCAUCAAACCCAGUACAAAAGGGAGAAACACAUUUAGCACCACCAACCAUAAACGAGCCUGUUGUUCAACCACCCGCCCGAUCCUCAUCAGCAGGAGCUGCCUACUUGAAUCGUAUCAAUCAAGAAAAUUCGAAGCCAGUUGCAAAGAAGGUGAACCUUGGUACUACAAUAUCACAGAGGAUCAAAGCAUUAGAGAAGCUUUCCAGCUUGGCACCAGGAGCAGCGGCUCCACCAGCUCCUGGUCCCUCUGCUGCAAUUACCCCAGCAUUUUUUUCAGUCAAGAGGGCUAGCAUUAAAAGAACAUCCAGAUCACCUUCAAUCGUAGAACGCACGAACUCGCUGAGCCAUAAUGGACCUGCUUCACCAUCUCUGACUCGGGAGCCCUCUCCAGAAACCUUGCGAAAUCGUUCCAACUCCGUUAGGAAUCGCCUGAGCUCUUUCGAACCUGCCACAGUUCCCAUGGCAGGACCAACACGGGCUCGUCCAGAGUCAAUUUCGGUGACAGCAAGAAUUGUUAGAGAUCCUUCGCAACCUUUAUACCCCUUAUCAGAUAUAGGAAAGGACCCCUCAGAAUAUGCUCCCUUGGAUCUUCAAGAAUCCCCGCUCGUUAUCAGCCAUCAAAGAGCGAUUGCUUCCGAGGCAAAAGAGACACUCCAGGAGAGAAGAUUAUCGAAAGAACAAAAGAGACUCUCCUCGUCCUCUAGCGCAACAAAUACCACCGCUGAUCAUAGGUCAUCGGUCACCAUUAUGAGGGACUCGCUUAGCGAUAGUCGCAACUCGUUUGCUGACCGCGCUGAGCGCCGAAAGUCUAUGAAUCUCGAAUCGUCAAGCUAUCUUCAAAAUUCUUCUAGGCCCCCAUCUGUCAUGUCUCCAUCUCGCCCCCUUUCUGCUCAUAUCUCUUCUCCUAUGAUUUACCAUUACAACAUGUCACAAUCAAGCACAGGCCGGAACUCCACUUCUUCGAACCGCGAUAUGCCUAUUUCAUCACCGAGUAGUGAUAGCCAAUCGAUCAACGAGGAAAAAGGAGGAAAAAAGCCUAGCCGGACAACUCGCAUGUUGAGAAGGAUGUCAUCGUCCUUGUCAUCAAGCCGGAAGGCUCUGGCUGCUGCUGUGUCUCCUACUGUGCGUGAGGAUCCUGAGCCCGCUUUCUUCGGCAAGGAUCAACCUAAAAGUCCAUCUACACCUGGUGUUAAUAUUGGCGAUGUCAACGUACAAUUUCCAGAUAGUUUACUGUGGAAACGACGGUCUGUUCUACUAGAUCCUAAUGGAUUCCUAGUCCUCUCUCCCGCCCUAACUGCUAGUGGCAGCGGAAAAAGCAAAGCAGUUGGAGCCACCCGAAAAUUUCACCUGAGUGAGUUCAGACGCCCGGUAAUUCCUGAUAUUGAGAUGCAAGAACUACCGAACAGUGUUCUCCUUGACUUUAUUGAGGGCAGUGGAUUGCAGAUUGCGUGUGAAGAUCGGGCUGGCCAGGGACAGAUAUUGGAGGGUAAGUCUUCGUGUAUCUCGUCAGUUUCAUGUUUUAAGAUUGCUAACGUCUGAUUUAGUCCUUCAAUCAGCACAUCAAUCAUAUGCAGGAAAAAAGCCUUAAUCUCCUUUGUUGACUUCUUUCCAAAGUUUCUACGGAUACACCUGGCCUUUUCGAAUUAACCUUCCUGUCCAUAUAUCCCCAGUACUCUGCCUAGGAGUCUUUUUAAUUUUCCCAUCUCCACGACAUCUCUCGCACUUCACACCAGCCUCACCUUGCCCCAUUAAUUUGGAGGAAACAAUCUUCACGAUUUGUGUUUCACUGAAAAUUACGACACUCCCGAUCUUUAUAGAUAAGGAAGAUACCAGAUCUUACGCCAGAUCACCAAUUUUUUUGCUAUUGUCUUUUUUUGUGUACCAACAGGAGGAUGUUUCGCCUCAUAUUUUCUCUUAUUAUAUCUUUUUGUCAAUAGUACCCUGCACUGCACCUCCGUCUCCUUGUUUUUUUCUUCUACUUAUCUUUUUUUUUUAGUUGAGCGGCCUUUGACAAGCAUUUUGCCUUCUUCAUUUUUCUUGUAUGAUGCAUUGAGCUUGGUGUUCUGGAAGAUGGAAAGUUGGAUGGAUAGGCGACUGGCCGGCUGGCUGGUUGGUGCCCACUUUAUGUACGUUUUUGAGGGUUGAAAAGAGAUGUCUGGAGAGGAAGGGAGAGAGGAGUGAAUGGUCAGUUGAAAUUAUGGUAUGAGAGAUAGUAAAACAAACGCGCUGUUUUACAUUAA